UGCAGUUCCUUGUAUCAUGUUAAGUAUCUCUUGGAUGCUAAACCUUGCUUUGUGUUUGACCUUGCCUCUUUGCCUGCUGAUUCUGUUUCUGUUGCUUUCUUGGUCUGCUAGCCGGUCAUGGUUGUUAUUCGAGAGGACAAUGGAGCAGGUACUUCAACUGGCGAUUAGAGAGCAUGAGGUGGCAAAUUCAUUGAUCACACUACAGCAAGGCAAACGUAGGGUUUCAGAUUACGCCAGAGUAACCUAUUCUAUCUGCCGAGAACCAGUGAAAUGAACGGGCGCUCCCAGAUGCAUUUUUUCAGGGGCUGUCCCUCAAUGUCAAGGACCAGUUAGUUCCGCUGGACCUGCCUGCAGACCUGGACUCACUCAUUGCCCUCGCUCUAAAAAUUGCUAAAAGGCUCAUGGAUAGUGAACAGGACAACGCUCUGCAGAGGAAUAUGUCACCACGCACCAGGGAUACCGGAAACCAUCCGUCUGCUGCUUCUGAUGCAGCGGAACCCAUUCAUGGGCCGUUUCCGCCUACCUCCUGAGGAAUGUCUACGCCAGCAGAGAGAGGGGUUCGGCUUCUACUGUGGGCAGUCAGGUCACACCAUGGUUUGCUGCCAUGCCAAAGGUGCUGAGACCACUAAAAAGUCUCCGACAACGGUGUCAUGUCUGUGCAGCAGUGCUACAUGUCUCGUGUGCAGCUGCUGCCCAAGUAGCAGGAAUUCCAAAGUGACCAGGAUAGUUUACGCUUCUAUCCUGCUGCUGGGGACCACCAUGGCCUGUAUCAUGCUGUCACCAGGGGUGGAUAAACAUCUUAAACGGAUACCAGGCUUCUGUGCAGAGGGCACAGGUUCUUCUAUACCUGGCCUGCAAGCUGAUGUCAACUGUGAAAUAUUUGUGGGCUUCAAGGCAGUUUACCGCAUCUGCUUUGGAAUGAGUCUUUGGUUCAUUGGUUUGUCAGUUCUAAUGAUUAACAUCAAGAACAGCAGAGACCCGCGUGCUACAAUCCACAAUGGAUUUUGGUUCUUUAAGAUUAUUGUCUUGGUGGCAAUUACAGCUGGUGCCUUCUACAUUCCAGAUGGAAAUUUUACAUACGCUUGUUUUGUCAUGGGCACUGCAGCAUCCUUUUUCUUCAUUGUGAUCCAGCUGGUCCUGCUGGUUGACUUUGCCCACUCCUGGAAUGAGUCCUGGUUAGAAAAAAUGGAGAAUGGCAACUCAAGAGGCUGGUAUGCAGCUUUGGUGGUGGUCACAGUCAUCAACUACAUCCUGUCAUUAAUUGCUGUUGUACUAUUCUUCAUCUUCUACACCAAACCUGAUGAUUGUUUCAUCAACAAGUUCUUCAUUAGCUUCAACACGUUUUUUUGCUUUGGAGCCUCUGUCAUCUCCGUGCUGGGAAAAGUACAGGAGUUUCAUCCUCGUUCUGGCCUUCUUCAAUCCUCCAUCAUCACCUUGUAUGCCACAUUUCUAACCUGGUCUGCCAUGAGCAACGAGCCAGUACAAACGUGUAACCCUAGCCUGCUGAGUAUUAUCCAUCAUAUAGCGGUGCCCAUAUUUGCUCCUCCUGAGAUCGAAAACCAGACUGCUGUAGUGAUAAUUGGCACAGAGGAACCCAUCCCUACAUCACCUUACCUACACUGGUGGGAUGCACAAAGCAUUGUGGGGCUUGCUAUAUUUGUCUUGUGCAUCAUCUUCUCCAGCAUUCGAUCUUCCAGAACUAGCCAGGUAAACAAACUGACCAUGGCCUCUAAAGACUCUGCCAUCCUGGCUGAGGACGGUAGUGUGGACUCAUCAGAGAAAGCAAGUCGACAAAGGCGAGUGAAGGACAAUGAACAAGACCUAGUCCAAUACAGCUACUCCUUUUUUCAUUUCAUGCUCUUCCUGGCCUCACUAUACAUCAUGAUGACGCUCACAAACUGGUACAGCCCAAAUGCAGACUACACCAUCACCAGCAAAUGGCCAACAGUGUGGGUGAAGAUCACCUGCAGCUGGUUGUGUGUGACCCUCUACAUCUGGACCUUGGUGGCUCCCAUGAUUCUCACAAAUAGAGACUUCAACUGACUUCUUGAGUCGACAUUUCUCCACAAAACCCCUGUAUCAGUUUGUAAAAACUGGGGAUAUCAUGUCGGAAAGAAUGUUCCUUCGAACUGAUGAUUUUGUUAAUUUUAAUGUGAAUGAAGUUGGAGAGUCAAAAGAAACUAAAGCUGGUCUCAGUUCAUACCAAGAGACUUUAGGAUUUGCAUAAUUUUGUAGCCCUUUCAUCAUGGUCAUAUCCUAUCAAAAGAUUUACCGCAGUCUAGCUUACUACUUUGUCUCCCCAAUGCCUUAAACAUGUUUUUAAAGUUAAAGUUAGUUAGUUGGUUAGUUAAAGUGAAGAAAAUAGGUAUUUGAACACCCUGCUUUAGUACUGCUAUAUAUUAUAUAUAUAUAGGAGUGGCCCAAAAUCCCUCCUGCAGUGUGUGCAAAUCUGGUGAACAAUGACAGGAAACAUUUGACCUCUGUAAUUGCAAAGAAGGCUACUGUACCAAAUAUUAUCAUUGGUUUUCUCAGGUGUUCAAAUAUGUAUUUGCAGCCGUAUCACACAAAUAUAUCGUUAAAAAAAAAAAUCAUACAUUGUGAUUUCUGUAUUUUUCUUUCAAGAUUAUCUCUCACAGUGGACAUACACCUACGAUGAAAAUUUCAGACCCCUCCAUAAUUUCUAAGUUGAAGAACUUGCAAUAUACCAGGGCGUUCAAAUACUUAUUUUCGUCACUGCAGUUAGUUCGUAAAUGGCUGCUCAAACACGAAAAUAUAAAUACAUAAAUAUAAAUUUUAAAAAAAAGUAAAUAUAUAUAUAUAUAAUGAAAAAUAUCAAAUGCUGUGUUUCCCAAAUAUUUGUAAAACAUGCUUUGGUUUAAUAGGUCUUGAAAUCUUUUUAAUAAAUAAAUCUGAACGCUUAAAAUGCCCUAAAUAUUUGCCUAAAUGAAAGAAUGGUGAUGCUUUAUUUAAAAGUUGAGUAGAUAUACACAAACCCAAUUCCAUUGCAGUUGGGAUUUUGUGUUAAAUGUAAAUAAAACAGAAUCCAGUGAUUUGCAAAUCAUGUUCAAUCUAUAUUUGUCAUGGCUGUGGUCAUUCCCUCUGCCUCACGCACAGCGGCUCCUGUGAGCACCUUCCCCACCUAUUCCUUGUUUGUUAAUUGUGUCUUUCAUAUACAGUUGUACUGCUACUUACGGACGCUAAUAGAGCUGCUACCUACCGACCUUUUGCCUCCCAUUUAACCCUCUGAUCACACUACAACUUGUCACAAGUCUUGCAUUUAGGUCCUCUCCCAUGUUCUGCCUGUGACAGAAUGAACUAGCCACAACAUGGACCCAGCAGACUCUGACCCAGUACUAAAUGUCUUCUAGGGACGACGCAGAGAAACAAACAUCUUGCUGCACUCCAUCGUCAACUGCAGGGACUAUUGCAACAACAGCAUGAGAUGAUUAGACAGUCUGAGUUGCUCCUUAGCAUAGUGCAUGAAAGGGAGGUCGCCGCCGCAACGUCCGACAUUGCUAAAUUGCCACCACCGCCCCGAGAGCCAGCUGCCAUACCACAACCUACUGCUGCUGCUGCUGCUUGGCCACAGGUCUCAUGACAGAAUAAGUUCUUGGGAGACUCUGGAAAUAUCAAGCCUGUGAGCUUCACUUUGAGCUGCAGUUUGCAGCUUUCCUCAACGAGUGGGCAAAGAUAGCCUUCGUCAUCUCCCACUUGACUGGCUGUGCGGAGGCGUGGACCACUGUAGAAUGGACCCGCAACUCUAUUGCCUGUCACUUCUGGACCUUGUUUGUGAAAACGGUGAGGCAGAUAUUCCAGUAUUGCAUGCCCAAGCAAGAGGCUGCAAAUUCUCUAAUCCACAUUGCAGCAAGGGAAGCGCAGGGUGUCAGAUUACGCCAUAGAGUUACGCAUUCUUGCAUCGGGCUUGAGUGGGCGCUUCUUGACGCAUUUCUUCACGGACUAUCCCAUGAGGUAAAGGAUCUGCUCAACAAAUGAGAAAUCCCCACUGAGUUGGACUUGCUCAUAGCCCGCGCUAUCAAAAUUGACAAGCGGCUCAUCAAUCGUGAAUUGCACCGAGACCGACGGAAGGACACAUCAGCGUGCGCCAGGAGGAGGAGCUUCGACUAGAAGUCGAACAGGAACAAGAAAUCGGUCAUCAGCCGAAAGCUACUUUCCAACAGGGUUCACACUCACUCUGACCCAAAAAAAGAGCUUUUUAGAGGCAUUCCUAGGGGCCGACACGAAAAAUUUAGGGCCAUCGUGGCUAAUCAAGAAUAAAGAAAAAAGACUCACCCAAUGGUGCCAUCAAAAAUUAUUGGGUCAUCAAAGGUUCCAGUACCUAAGUUCCUGUCACAGUGAUCACCUGGGACUUUUAGGGCUGCGUAUGAACCCUGUGCCAGCGUCACCAUGGAUGAACACAUGCAACUGGGCAUGUUGCACCUUUCACCUGAGGAAUCUCGGCGCCGGCUGAAGGAGGGUCGGUGCUUCUCUUGCAUCCAGAAGGGGCACAUUGUGGCUAACUGUCACGCCAAAUCUGUGGGUGCUUCCUAUAGGAGCACCAGAAUGGUGAGUCUAACCCUUAUCCCAAGAGAUUUUGCACAUGCUCAUCCCCAAGCGACAUUUUUAUCGCCAGACCAAGAGAUCCGAAUAACUGCAUUCCUUGAGUCUAGUUCUGAUGCUUAUUUAUUAAACUCCAUUCUUGUCCAACGCAUGCAUUUCGGAACAUUUGAAGUCAAACGCCCAGGCAGCAUCUUUGUCACCGAUAGCACUUUUUUAGGCAAGAUCAGCUACUGCAUCCAAACAUUUACUGUACCAUCUCAUUCCCAGACUCUCUCACUGACUGAAUUAGCUUUUGAUUAGUAAUUAGUCUUUGAUGCCAUGAACCCAUCCAUCCGUCCAUCCAUCGAUUUUCUUUGCCGCUUAUUCUCACGAGGGUGCAGGAGCCUAUUAAAGCUUCCAACGGGGAGGAGGCAGGGUCCACCCUGAACUGGUUGGCAGCCCAUCACUGGGCAAUGCCAUGAACCAUAACCUCAUUUUGGGGAACCCAUUGCUUAAGUUGCAUAACCCGCACAUCGUUUCCUCUGCAGGAACAGUUAUGUCAUGGGGCGGUAGUGCGCCCGGACCUGUUUCACAGGCCACCAUUUGACGUUUGGGAGAGUGCCCUCAAACAAGUGCCACCAACUCCUCUGUUACCAUGACUUUAGGCAUGUGUUCUCUAAAUGCAAAGCUUAGACUCUCCCUUCCAUCACACAGGCUGUACAAUUCCGCCAUUGACUUGUUGCCGGGCACCACAGCUCUGCGGGGUAGACUUUUUUUCUCUUACAGGACAUGAACGCCAAGGCAAUAGGGAGUAUGUGGCGGAAUCGCUGGCUGUUGGUCUCAUACGUUCUUCCUCGUCCCCAGCCGGUGCCGGGUUUUUCUUCGUGAGCAAGAAGGAUAAGACCCUGUGUCCCUGUAUUGAUUAUUAGGGCCUCAACAACAUUACAGUGCAGAACAGGUACACCCUGCCUUUCAUCUCUACUGCAUUCGAGCUCCUGGAGGGUCCAAAAUAUUCACAAAGCUGGGCUUGAAGAGUGCUUACCAUCUUGUCAGGAUCAGGGAAGGGGGACAAAUGGAAAUCUGCCUUCAACACAGCGACAGGACACUAUGAGUAUUUACUCAUCCCUUUUGGCUAAACCAAUGCUCCUGCAGUGUUUCAAAACUUUAUUAAUGAUGUCCACCUGGACAUGCUCAAUUUGUAUGUCUAUGUGUAGUUAGAUGAUGUUUUCAUUUUCUCACCUGAAGAAAAAAGCCAUAUUGUCCACGUCUGUACAGUGCUGUAGCGGCUGCUGCAGAAUGGCUUGUACAUUAACGGUGAGAAAUAAAAAUUCCACCAGGAUUUUGUUCACUUUCUAGGAUUUAUGCUAUCUGAGGGGAAGAGCCAUAUGGACCCCAAUGAAACUGAGGCUGCUGCCAAUUGGCCUACCCUUCAAUCACACUAGGACGUUCAAUGGUUUCUGGGGUUACAUGUCUACCGGAAAAUCAUAAUAUUUAUAGUAUAGCCGGGCCGUUGCAUGAGUUCACCUCACCACACUGACCAUUUGUUUGGGACCAGAUAUGACAGGCAGCAUUCAGAAAAUGCCACUUGGCCUUUACCUCCGUCCCCAGUCUCACCCUUCCAGACCCUAAACUCCAGUUCAUUGUGGAGGUAAAUGCAUUCUAUGCAGGUAUAGGUGCAAUAUUUCAGAAGUACUCCAAAGAUGGCAAGUUACAUCCGUAAGAGAAAUUAUGAUAUUAAGGACCAAAAAUUUCUUGCCGUCAGGGUGGCGUUGGCAGUGGAGGCACUGGCUAGAGGGUGCUUGGGUUCCAUUCAUAGUUUGGACAGAUCAUAAAAACCUGGAGUACCUCAAGACAGCUAAAGUAAGAAACUUAAUGCAAUGCAGGCCUGGUGGGCGUUAUUCUUUUCAUGAUUUAACUUUGUGCUCUCAUACUGCCCGGGCUCAAAGAAUGGUAAACCCGAUGCCCUCUCACGAAUCCACUGUGAGGGGAAAAAAAACGCACCUGCGACCCAGACUAUACUACCAGAAUCUUCUCUCUAUUUUGUUUCUAUGUUCGUCUGGGAUAUCAAAACCUUAUUCAAAGAGUCAUUGAAAGAUACUCACUACCCCGAGCAGUGCCUGGAAGGCAGGCUUUACAUGAUCUCGCCCUUAAGGACAGUGUGCCACCCGGGCUUAUACCCAGACAGACUCAGUCAGUUGUCGAGCAGCGCUUUUGGUGGCCCAACGUUAAAAGAGAUGAGGAAUUAUGUCAAUAUGUGUCAGGUGUGUGUGGCCAAAAAGCACUCUCGCCACCAUUCGUCGGAAGAGUUGCAAUACCUACCCAUACCACAACGGCCCUGGUCUGACAUCUUACUAAACUUCGUAACCGGUCUACCAGCCUCACAGGGUAAUACCACGGUUCUUAGUCGUAGAUCAAUUCUCCAAAAUGGCACAUUUCAUCGUGUUUCCCUAACUUCCCUCGGGAAAACAGACUUUGAGCAUAUGACGGCCCAUGCUUUUAGAAUUCUGAGUUUCCCCAGACGUAUAGUAUCAGAGGGCCCCAAUUUGUGUCCAAUUUUUAGGAAAGAAUUUUGUUCUGUCAUAGGUGCUACAGUCAAUUUGUCUUACGGAUUCCAUCUCGAGACUAAUGGGCAGACAGAGCGAGUGAGCCAGGACCUGCAAACCGGGCUCCGUCGUCUUACCUCAGAGGAAACACACCUAGAGCCAGAAGCUGGGUUGGGUUGAGUUCUCACACAAUUCCCUCUCCUCUGCAUCCACAGGUCCAUCUUUUUUUUCCUGCCAUGUCUUCAGGGUCGGCGGUACCUUCUGCUUUAGCGUUAGUGAGACACUGCAGGAGACCCUGGCACCGGACUACAAUGUGGGUCAAUGUGUUUAGCUCCCAACUAGGCACCUGCAACUUCAGGUGGAGUCUUGGAAAUUCGCUCCUAGUUUGGUCUGGUCCUUCCCCAUCGCUAAGGUCGUCAACCUGGUCACCAUAAAGAUGAAACUUCCAAGGGCGAUGCGGGUCCACCCUGCCGUUCACGUCGGCUUGCUUAUACCAGCCUGGGGUUCCCGGUUCCGCCUCCCUGGCCCCCUCCUCCGUCCGGUUCGUGGACGGGGGUCGAGUCUUUUCUGAGCGGUGGCUGUUGUCCUCACGCUCUAGGGUGAGGAGGUGCAGUAUUUGUUAGAUUGGGAGGGCAGUUUUGGGUACUUUCUAGAUUUAUUGUUGACCUCACGCUCAUUCGUGAUUUCCCUGCUGCGCAUCCUGAGGCUCCAGGGCCUUCCAGUGCCAAAGAUUAGGGAGGGGGGUACUGUCAUUCCCUCUGCCUCGCACACACCGGCUCCUGUGAGCAGGCUCCCUACCUGUUCCUUGUUAGUUAAUUCUGUCUUGCAUAUAUGCCUCGUGUCAUGUCAUUUGUUGCUAUUUCAUUGUACCUCUAUGUCACAUUCUUGCAUUCCUCGUUCAACGUUUUUAACUCACGGUAAUCUGACCUUGCUUAAGUUUUUUAGUUUGCCUUUUGUCUCAUGUUUUGGAUACUAUUGCCUCUUGAACUGAUCGCUUGUGUACCGAGCUUUUGUCUGCCAACAAAACCCUCUGAUCGCACGACAAUUUGUCACAAGUCUUGCAUUUGGGUUGUUUCCCAUGUUCCACCCAUGACAAUGUUUAAUUAAAUACACUACAAAGACAAGAUGUUUAACAUUCAAGCUGAUAAACUAACUGAUAACAUAACAAAUAAUCAUUAACAGAAUUUUAUGUCAGCAACACGUUCCAAAAAUGCCGGGACAGGGUCAUUUUUCCCAGUGUUACAUCACCUUUUCUUUUAACAUUCAAUAAACGUUUGGGAAAUGAGGACACUAAUUGUUGAAGCUUUGUUGGUGAAAUUCUUUCCCAUUUCUACUUGAUGUACACUCAACUCAACGCCAGUGGGGUACGUAGUAACGCUAAGAGGAAAGCUUUAUUUCUUUUUGCAAAACAAUUGAAGCCAGAUGUGUUUUUUCCAAGAAUGUCACUCAACAAUGGAUAAUGUCAACUUCUGGAGAGCAAAAUGGGGAAAACAGCAAACUGCUCUCUCAUGGAAUAGAAUUUUAGACAUACAUGGUUAUAACACAAGAACUGAAACCAAAGCAUUGUUAACCAUAGAUUGUAUUCUGUCAUAAUGGCUGAUUCAAUUCACAAAUACAUAUUUGAUUCUUGGUGGGGAUUUCAACAAUAUUUUGGAUUUGUCUUUGGAAAGAUUUCCAGUUAAAUAGAUUCAUCAUUCAUUCAUCAUUUUUAGAGACUUUAUGGAAAAAAUGUAUUUUGUGUAUGGAGGAUGAAGAACCCAAAUAGUUGACAAUUCACUUGGUGCAAAAAAUCACAAUCAUAGCAGUCUUGCACUACUGACUAAUUUUGGCAGAUUUAGAUAUCAAUAAAAUAGCAGUGUAUAGAUGCCGAACACCUUUAACUGAUCAUAAAGCAAUAAGUAUAUUGAUGAAUACCUCUUCUGAUUCAAAACCCGUCACUCGUUCCAGUUACUAAAGUGCUCUACAUUACAUAAUAAUGAAAAUCACAUCAUAAUUACAGAAUCGAUUGCAUUUUACUGGUUAAAAGCAUUAAAAAAAAAAAAACUUUGAAUUGAAUUGGGAACUCCUAAAACACGCAAUAGCAAAAUUUCUCAGACAGAGUGGUGCUCAGGCUGUUGAAGCGAAAAAAGCAGAAGAAUUAAAGAUUCUCUCAAUUUUUACAGACUUAUCCUGCAAAGGAUAUCCUCACCUUAACAGAGAAUGAAAAAGAAAAACUAGCAUCUUUCCAAGUACAACUUGAUGAGCUAUACUCCCAAAAAGCAAAGUGCGCCUUAGUCAGAUUUCAUGCAAAAUGUUUGGAAGAGGGGACGCAAUACUUUCAUUACUUCUUUAACCCAAAAAAACAUCAUGUCACUAACAUUUGUAAAUCAAAUGUAGUUGUAUCUGACGACAAGAAAAAAAUAGACUUCUGUUUAAAAUUUUAUAGAGACCUGUAUACCGUAUUUUUGGGACUAUAAGUCGCAGUUUUUUUCAUAGUUUGGCUGGGGGUGUGAAUUAUUCUCCAGAGCGACUUAUAUGUGAAUCCAUCCAUCCAUUUUUCGAGUCACGUAUUGGUUAUUUUCACACUGACAACCAUAGGAGCCCCGUGUAUCUGUACCUACUACUUCUGAAAAUUCAGCAUUUCAACAUUAGCUGUAACUUAAAACAGGUGAGAAGGACUGGAGAAAAAUGCCAUUGAAGAGAAAAUCAUAUUCUGCACAUUAUUUUAAAUAACAUUACAAUGUUGUGAAACAGUGACGACAAAAGUACUUCUUACCAUGAAUGCAACUUGUUGUGCUUCAUACGUCAUUACAUUAAAGGGCCACGGACAUAUCUAUAAACAUUCUAAAAUAGAUAUUGUAAUGAAAACUACAUAUAACAUUCACUUCAAUGUCAAUACGAAAAAAUAAACAUGAGCGGAGUGUGUGUCAUCAAUGUGAAAAGUUGCGGAAGUCUCACUCGACAUUGAAGUGGUAGGCAUAUUGCCUGCAAAGUCACACUGGGAUAUUCGCCAUUGACAAAAAGAUAGUGGCACCUCCAAUGGGAGAGGAACAACAGAGAUUUUCAGAUAUUUCCGACGCCCCUUCUGACACGGAAGCUGUUUUGGACAAAGGAAACAUCUCACAACUGAGUGAGGUGACUGGGGCAGUAUUACCCUAUCGUUUCGAGCCAUAUUUAGAUGAUAUGCGGAUCACUUCUAACUAACAACAGACUCCCAGACAGUAUGCAUGAGAGAGCCCAGCCCAAGCGAUGCAUGCACGCAUGGCUUCUGCGGUGGCUCGUCCGCCGACCUACUAUGGGGCACGGAAGCUCUGCCAAACCUGUGAUUUGCUAUAUUUAUAUGACAUGCAGUUCACUUCUAACUAACAGACUCCCCGGCAGUAUGUAUGACAGUGUGUAGUAUACUCAGCGGCGAACGACAACAACGCUGUAAAGCAGCCUAGCUUGGCGCCGCAAUGAGUCACCCCAGCUCAGCACCGCGAUGAGCCACCCUAGCCGAAGCCGUAAUCAGCGGAGGCGGUGCACCGAAGCCGUGAUCGGCGGACGCAGCGCGCCGACACGCUCAUUGAUACAUUGCACCUUGACCCAAAACAGCAGGUCAGAGUACCCACCCUUUUUGGAGUUCUGAGGGGGAGUGAUGGAGAAUGCAGCCCUACAUAGAAAAAAAGAACCAGUCGCACUCACAAUCACACCUACAGGCAAUUUACUGGAUAGUCCCCAAUGAAUGCAUGUUUUGGGGAUUUGGGAGGAAACUGGAGAAAACCCACACAGGCACAGGAAGAAUAUGCAAACUUCACACAGGCGGGUUUGGGAUUUACAACCUGUCCUUUUUUUUCCUAUGCACUGCCACAAGUUAGAUUUUUAUAUAUACAUUUACAAAAGAUGGAUAACUGAAAGGUAAUGCAGCUCUAUGGGGGCAUAAGUCAGUGCAAUCUGUAGGCUGGUCCCAAGCCCAGAUAAAUGCAGAGGGUUGCAUCAGAACGGGCAUCUGGGGUAAAACUGUGCCAACAAAAUAUGAGCAUUCAUGUGAAGAAUUCCAUGCCAAAUCGGUCGUGGCCCGGGUUAACAACGCCCUCCCCAGCACCUCUAACUUGUAGGGCAUCGGUGAAAAUUCAACUACUGUGGGUUGAAGACAAAGAAGAGGAGGAAACCUUAUUUGUCGGCAGAAGAAGAGGAAUGCACAUAGCCUACAACUGAGUGUAGGGACUUUGAAUAUUGGGACUAUGACAGGAAAAGCUCAGGAGUUGGUUGACAUGAUGAUUCAGAGAAAGGUUGAUACAAUGGACAUGUUGGUAAAGGAAACGGGGGUGAUGAAGACGUGAUGAGUCAGUACACCUCUUUGCCAGGGAAGGAGCCCGAGUUGGUACAUGAAGUUGAGAAGUUCCGACUAGAUAUAGUUGGACUCACCUCUAUGCACCGCUUGGGCUUUGGCACCACUCAUCUUGAGAGGGGCUGGACUUUGCUCCACUCUGGAGUUGCCCAAGGGGAGAGACGCCGAGCAGGUGUGGGUAUACUUAUUGCCCCCCCAGCUCGGGGCCUGUACAUUGGGGUUUACCCCAGUGGAUGAGAGGGGAGCCUCCCUCCGCCUGCAGGUAGGGGGAAGUGUCCUGACUGUUGAUUGUGCUUAUACACCAAACAGCAGUGCAGAGUAACCACUGUUUUGGAGUCCUUAGAGGAAGUGCUGGAGAGCGCCCCCUCUGGCGACUACAUCAUUCUGCUGGGGGACUUCAAUGCCCACAUGGGCAAUGACGGUGACACCUGGAAGGGCGUGGUGGGGAAGAAUGGCCCCCCCGAUCAGAACUCGAGUGGGGUUCUAUUAUUGGACUUCUGUCCUCAUCACGGAUUGUCCAUAACAAACACAAUGUUCAGGCAUAAGGGUGUUCACGUGUCUACUUGGCACCAGGACACCCUAGGUCGCAGUUCGAUGAUCAACUUUCUGGUCGUGUCAUUGGACUUGCAACCGCAUGUCUCGGAUGAAGGGAGGGACGGAGCUGUCAACUGAUCACCACCUGGUGGUGAGUUGGCUCGGAUGGUGGGGUAGAUGCCAGUCCGACGUGGCAGGCCCUAACGUAUUGUGGCCGUCUGCUGGAAACGGCUGGCAGAUUCCCCUGUCAGAAGGAAUUUCAACUCCCACUUCCGAAAGAACUUUGCUCACGUUCCGGAAGAGGCGGAGGACAUUGAGUCCAAGUGGACGAUGUUCCGUGCCUUCAUUGCUGAGGCGUCUGACCGGAGCUGUGGCCGUAAGGUGGUCAGUACCUAUCGUGGUGGCAACCCACGAACACAUUGGUGGAAACCAACAGUGAUGGAUGCUGUCAAGCUGAAGAAUGAGUCCUAUCGGGCAUUUCUGGCCUGUGGGACUCCCGAGGCAGCUGAUAGGUAUCGGCUGGCCAAGCGGAAUGCCACUUUGGUGCUCGGUGAGGCAAAAACCCGGGUGUGGGAGGAGUUUGGUGAGGCCAUGGAGAACGACUUCAGGACAGCUUCGAAAUUCUGGUCCACCAUCCGGCGUCACAGUGCAGUGCACAGUCAACACUGAGUAGAGUGGGGACGGGGCGCUGCUGACCUCAACUCGGGAUGUUAUGAGUCGGUGGGGAGAGUACUUUGAACACCUCCUACAUUCCACCAACAUGCCUUCCCUUGAGGAAGCUGAGUUUGGGUGAUCUUAAGCGGGCUCUUCUAUCUCUGGGGAUGAGGUCACCGAUGUGGUUAAAAAGCUCCUUGGUGGCAGGGGCCCGAGGGUUGAUGAGAUUCUGGAGAGGAGUGUCCAUCAGGAAGUCAAGUCUCGGAUUCAGGAGGAGCAAUGUGGCUUUUAUCCUGGCUGUGGAACAGUGGACCAUCUCUACACUCUUGGCAGGAUCCUCGAGGGUGCAUGGGAGUUUGCCCAAUCAGUCUACAUGUGUUUUGUGGACUUGGAGAAGGCAUUCGACCGUGUCCCUCGGGAAGUCCUGUGGGAAAUUCUUCAGGAGUAUGGGGUACUGAACCCCCUGAUAUGAGCUGAUCGGUCCCUGUACGACCGCUGUCAGAGUUUGGUCUGCAUUGCUGGCCAUAAGUCGGUGAUCAUGAGCGUCUGCAGUGAUGCGGACAUUGUAUCGGUCUGUUGUGGGAAAGAGGGAGCGAAGUCGAAAGGCGAAGCUCUCAGUUGACCAGUUGAUCUACGUUCCUACCCUCACCUAUGGGCAUGAACUGUGAGUAGUGACCGAAAGAACAAGAUCCGGAAACAAGGGGCCGAAAUGAGUUUCCUCCACAGGGUGUCAGGGCUCUCCCUCAGAGAUAGGAUGAGAAGCCAGGACAUCCGGGAGGGGCUAAGUGUCGACCCGCUCCUCCUCCGCAUUGACGAGAGCCAGAUGAGGUGGCUGCAGCAUCUGAUUCGGAUGCCUCCCGGACGCCUCCUUGGUGAGGUGUUCCGGGCAUGUCCCACCAGAAAGAGACCCCGAGGACGACCCAGGACACACUGGAGAGACUGUCUCUUGACUGGCUUGGGAACGCUUCGAGAUCCCUCCGGAAAAGCUGGGAGAAGUGGCUGGGGAAAGGGAAGUCUGGGAAGCUACUUACCCACGACCUGACCAAGAAAAGCAGUAGAUAAUGGAUGGAUGGCUGCAUACUAAAAAACACACUCUUCCUGUCAGUGGCCCUUUAAACUUCUUGCAGGCGUUGAGACUUCCGUCUUUUUAUCGUGAACAUAAUUCAAUUUGAUUUGCCAUCAUGAUAGUGCGAUGGUGAACGGUUCUUGCCGACAAAGCCAUGUCUUUUUUUCGUUUGGUCAUCUUGUUUUUAUGCGAAGUUGGCAAAAUGUUUAUUGGCAACAUAGGGGACGAAUGCUUUGGCAUACUCCCCAUUUGUGGAUGUAGACACACAGCAGAACCCUCCCACUCCACAAAGCCUGUCCAUUCUUGUUGAAAACUUUGCUGGUACUCAUAUUUUUUUUCUUUGAGCAACCUUUGUCAAAAGCAUUUCCAUAAUUACAUAGUUGUUCCAACACGAUCGGCAUUCGACCCAAAGCCUGUGGACCUUGGCAACCCCACCAGGAUAACCCUUCUCUGCAUCAUUUGCAUUGCCCGCACGACAGAAAUCACAUGUACAGUAUGUAGUUAUGAGGACUUCGCUAGCCAUUAUGCAACCACCAAAAGAGCCAGGUAUGGCUUGCGACCCUUAGGUUCCCGACCCCUGCUGUGGGAGCAGUGGAUGACCAAUGGCAAGGACAGCUUGCGGGUGAAUCCGCCAUGCAACUUUCCGGGAAGUCAUUGGAUGGGUCAACAGAGUAUGGGCUUUCAGUGACAACCAAAACGAUUCAGAAAGGCUAGAAUCGGCUCGUUGUAGCUGCAAUUGACGAUGAGUCUAACGUAAACGACGUAGAAGAGGCCAUCUACCUCUGGAAUUGGUGGACUAGUUUAGUAGUGACACCGAGGAUGAAGAUUUCAUUGGGUUUUAGUAACCGGAUAGUUGGAGUGACAAGGAUGGAUUUGGUCAACUUCUUAGUAUGUUAUGUAUGGUGUAAUUUUCGGAAUAACUUCAUAUGUUAUGUUGAAAUACCAGGCACGUUUUCAGUUUUGUCAUGUAACGUAAGGAUACCGUUCAGCCUGUUGUUCCGUCAAUUUCAUUUGUAUUUUAAAUUGUUUGUCAUUUAAAUUUUAAAUGACGUAUGUUCUUGGUGGUGGAUUUGAUCAAAUAAAUUUUCCUCAAAAAUGCGACUUACAGUGAAGAAAAAAAGUAUUUGAACACCGUGCUAUAUUGCAAGUUCUCCCACUUCGAAAUCAUGGAGGGAUCUGAAAUUUUCAUUGUAGGUGCAUGUCCACUGUGAGAGAGAUAAUGUAAAAAGGAAAAUCCAGAAAUCACAAUGUAUUAUUUUUCAAUGAUUUAUUUGUGUGAUACAGCUGCAAAUAAGUAUUUGAACACCUGAGAAAACCAAUGUUAAUAUUUGGUACAGUAGCCUUUGUUUGCAAUUCCAGAGGUCAAACGUUUCCUGUAGUUGUUCACCAGGUUUGAGUGGUGAACAACAGGUUUCGGUGGUCGUUGAGGCAAAACCCCGGGUGUGGGAGGAGUUCAGCGAGGCCAUGGAGAAUAACUUCAGGACGUCUUCGAGGAAAUUCUGGUCCACCAUCCGACGUCUCAGGAGGGGGAAGCCGUGCAUCCUCAACACUGUGUAUAGUGGAGACAGGACGCUGCUGACCUCAACUCGGGAUGUUGUAAGUAGGUGGGGAGAAUACUUCGAAGACCUCCUCAUUUCCACCAACAUGCCUUCCCACGAGGAAGCUGAGUCUGGGUGCUCUGCGGCAGGCCCUUCUAUCUCUGGGGUUGAGGUCACCGAGGUGGUUAAAAAGCUACUUGGUGGUAGUGCCCCGGGAGUGGAUGAGAUUCGCCGGGAGUUCCUAAAGGCUCUGGAUGUUGUGGGGCUGUCCUGGUUGACACGCCUCUGCAACAUCACGUGGACAUCGGGGACAGUGCCUCUGGAUUGGCAGACUGGGGUGGUGGUCCCCCUUUUCAAGAAGGGUGACCGGAGGGUGUGUUCGAAUUAUAGAGGGAUCACACUCCACAGCCUCCCUGGUAAGGUCUAUUCACGGGUACUGGAGAGGAGGGUCCAUCGGGAAGUCAAGUCUUGGAUUCAGAGAAGCAAUGUGGUUUUUGUCCUGGCCGUGGAACAAUGGACCAGCUCUACACCCUCGGCAGAAUCCUCGAGGGUGCAUAGGAGUUCGCCCAACCAGUCUACAUGUGUUUGGUGGACUUGGAGAAGGCAUUCGACAGUGUCCCUCUGGGAGUCCUGUUGGGGGUUCUUCGGGAGUAUGGGGUACCGAAUCCCCUGAUACAAGCUGUUCGGUCCCUGUAUGACCGCUGUCAGAGUUUGGUCCGCAUUGCCGGGAAUAAGUCGGACUCGUUUCCAGUGAGAGUUGCACUCCGCCAUGGCUGCCCUUUUGUCACCGAUUUUGCUCAUAACUUUUAUGGACAGAAUUUCUAGGCGCAGUCGAGGCAUAGAGGGUGUCUGGUUUGGUGGCCUCAACAUCGCAUCUCUGCUCUUUGCAGAUGAUGUGGUUCUGUUGGCUUCAUCAAGCCUUGAUCUCCAGCUCUCACUGGAGCAAUUCGCAGCGAGUGUGAAGCGGCUGGCACGAGAAUCAGGACCUCCAGAUCCGAGACUAUGGUCCUCAGUCGGAAAAGGGUAACGUGCUGUCUCCAGGUCGGGGAUGAGAUCGUUCCUCAAGUAGAGGAGUUCAAAUAUCUUGGGGUCUUGUUCACGAGUGAGGGAAGAAUGGAGCGGGAGAUCAACAGACGGAUUGGUGGAGCGUAUGCAGUGAUGCAGACUUUGUAUCGGUCCAUUGUGGUAAAGAUUGAGCUAAGUUGAAAGGCGAAGCUCUCAAUUUACCAGUCAAUCUACAUUCCUACCCUCACCUAUGGGCAUGAACUAUGGGUCGUGACCGAAAGAACAAGAUCCUGGAUACAGGCGGCCGAAAUGAGUUUCCUCCGCAGGGUGUCCAGGCUCUCCCUUAAAGAUAGGGUGAGAAGCUCGGUCAUCCGGGAGGGGCUCAGUGUCGAGCCGCUAUUUCUCCGCAUUGAGAGGAGCCAGAUGAGGUGGCUGGGGCAUCUGAUUCGGAUGCCUCCUGGACGCCUCCCUGGUGAGAUGUUCCGGGCAUGUCCCACCGGAAAAAGACCUCAAGGAUGACCCAGGACGCACUGGAAAGAGUAUGUUUCUUGGCUGGCUUGGGAUCCCUCAAGAAUAGCUGGAAGAACUGGCUGGGGAAAGGGAAGUCUGGGUACUCCUGCUGAAGCUACUUCUCCCGCGACCCGACCCGGAAAAGCGGUAGAUAAUGGAUGGAUGGAUGGAUGGAUGGAAGACAUCGAAUAUCAUAUCAAAAUGUAUAUGUAUACCUUUUUUUAACCACUCUAUGUACCUAUAUACACCUAUACAAUGUGAUUUCAUUUUUUGAUUUUCAUCCAUACAUCAGUAUAAUGCGCUCUAUUAAUUUUUUGACAAUAUUUUUGGAAAAAUUCGCACAUUAUUUUUGAGUAAUUAUGGUAUAUAUGUUUUUUUCUCCAUUUUUAUGGAUUUUAUGGCUGGUGCGACUUGUACUCCGGAGCGACGUAUAGCCCGGAAAAACAACAGUAUACAGUAGUUCUCAAUUUAACCAAUCUGCAGCUGACCAUUAUUUACAUGGCCCUGUUGUUAAAACAAUACCUGAGGUAGAAAGAGAUGACUGCAAUAGACCCAUUUCUCCACAAGAAGUACAAAAUGCCAUGAAUCAACUUAAAAGUAAUAAAUUGCCCGGUCUUGAUGGACUUGUAGCUGAUUUUUACAAAUUGUUUAGAACUCAACUUACUCCCUUUCUCCAUAAAGUCUUUGUAGAAUGUAUAAAUAAUUAUUCGCUUCCUCAGUUUAUCUCAAGGUAUUACAGUAUUAGUUCCCAAACCCAACAAGUACGAGCUACUUCUUGACAAUAGAUACCUUUCACUGAACACACGCCAACCACGUGUUUGUUUGUUUGUUUAGGACGGCAAGAUCGUGUCUACUUAUCAUGGCUAGGAAGCGAUAAAUGUAUACUGUAAUGUUUUGGCUACGGUUAUUGUUUGAUCUUUUAUCUUGACAGUCCUUUGACAAAUGAACAUUGUAACCAGAACUAAUUGAGGCACUUGUGGUGGG